UUUUUCUCAAGAGGGUCAGAUACUCAAUUACUUAUUAUUCUUUUUUUACAUCAGUAUCUAUAAAAACAUUUGAAUAACACGUUAAGGACUGAAAAAAUGUCAAAACUCUUAAUUUUUGUUACCUGCUUGGUGGUGGUUUUUGCAGACGACUUACCAACCAACUACGAGUAUUACACGUCAGGUGGUAUAUUAACAGGGUUAAGCGCUGACCAACCAUAUUUCCAACUCAAUGGAAAAAAUAUCACCAUUAUUAGUGGGGCUUUUCACUAUUUUCGGGUGCAUCCGAUGUACUGGAGGGAUCGUUUGAGGAAAAUUAGGGCAGCCGGGUUGAACACCGUCGAAACUUACGUACCGUGGAAUCUGCACGAACCAUAUUAUGGGGUGUACGACUUUGGUAGCGGAGGGUCGGAUUUUGAGGAAUUCUUGGACGUGGCCAAGUUCGUCAAAAUGGCCCAAGAGGAGGAUUUAUUUGUGCUUUUAAGGCCUGGCCCGUAUAUAUGUUCGGAGUGGGAGUUUGGCGGCUUACCAUCCUGGCUUCUGGGUAUUCCCAAUUUGAAGCUUCGCACCAAUGAUGUCGUCUACCUUAAACACGUUGCCCAGUACUUCCAUGCUCUAUUUACUAUAAUUGCUCCGUUGCAAUUUACAAAUGGCGGACCGAUUAUCGCGUUUCAAGUAGAAAACGAGUAUGGCAACACGUGGAAUCACGACCCGGAUUAUUUGAGGUCUUUGGUGCAAAUUUUUAGAAAUAAUGACAUUAACGAGCUGCUUUAUACGUCUGAUCCUUUACUGGAUGUGGGUGAUCAGGGAGCCUUGCCAGGAGAACUCUUGAUUACCGCGAAUUUUAAUAAGAACGCUAGUGGCAACUUGAAUAAGCUGAACGAGCUGCAGAGCAAUAAAUCUUCAAUGGCUAUGGAGUAUUGGUCAGGUUGGUUUGACCACAUAACCGAAAACCAUACCGACAAUUUGGUGCCAGUGGAAAGAUACAAGUCAGUACUUGAAGAUAUCCUGAAAUAUCCUGCCUCUGUUAACAUUUAUAUGUUCAUAGGCAGUACCAACUGGGGCUUUACUAAUGGCGCUGGAGAUGGCACUUACGGACUAAAUAAUUCGGGGUUAUCUCCAAGUGUCACCAGUUAUGACUAUGAUGGUCCUGUCACUGAACAAGGACAACUGACAGCUAAAUAUAAUGCAACUGUGGAGCUGAUAAGUAAAUAUGUGACUGUGAAAACGAGAUUGCCAGAGGUACCCGAGACUCCUGAGGCUGUAGUUUAUGAUGACGUAAAAAUCCAGGAACAAAUACUUCUAUCCGAAAUAAUCGAUUCUUUCCCAAAUAAAAUAAAAAGCCCCAGUGUGAUGCCAAUGGAGCAGUUAAGCAUCAACCCCAACAAUUCCGGUCAGAAUUUCGGUUAUAUUGUUUACAGAAAAACCCACUUGAAUUUGCUUCCGAAUGCCUUAUUGAAAAUAAACGGUUAUGUUAGGGAUCACGUGUUGGUGCUGCUUAAUGGAAAACUCGUAAACUCCAUGCUGACCAAACUAAAUGAUCUAGAUGGAUUCGGCUACUGGAGAUUAUUGGACUCGACGAUAACUCUUACCAAAGAACCCUUGAUCAAUGCAACUUUGGACCUUAUAGUGGAAAAUAUGUCUCGCAACAACUUCGGACUGAUCAAUCAAUUCCAACAGUUUAAGGGCCUUAUAGAUGAUGUCUACAUUGACAACAAUACCGUAUACAACUGGGAAAUCAUACCGUUGGAAUUCAAAAAAUCCUGGAAUAAAAACCUUACCGGCUGGCAUAAUGUUAAAGAUUCCUCUUUUGGACCAGCAUUAUAUCGAGUGAGUUUUAAUGCAUCAAGUCCCUUAAGAGAUACCUACAUUAACGUCCAAGAUUGGAACAUGGGUAUUGCCAUAAUAAAUGGGUUUGUUUUGGGGAGGAUUUUCUCAGUUGGGCCCCAGCAAGCUCUUUAUUUACCUGCAGGUCUCUUAGAGGAAGGAGUCAAUGAGAUUAUUAUUUUUGAGCAUUUUAUGGCACCGGAGUACCUGAAGUUUUCUAAGGAACACAUUUGGGGAUACGGAAGUAACAUUCAGGCUUAAGGAAAUAAAAAGCGGUUUUUGAAUGAG